AUGGAAACCAAGGACGUUUUAGAAGCCGUCAAAGGAUUAGAGAAGAACAAAAAUAAUAAUGAUGUUGUGUUCAAGAUUCUACAGUCAUUAGAUAAAGAUUUGAAAGAUGUUAAUGAGAAGCUUCUUAGAGAGACGAAAGUAGGGGUCGUAGUCAACCAAUUUAAGAAAUCUUCCAAUCCAGACAUCGUCAAAUUGGUGAAGAAGAUGAUUUUAUCCUGGAAAGAUGCUGUGGCUCGUGAAAAGAAAAGCAAACUAAGCAGCAAUUCCUCAUCUACAAGUAACAAUAAUGGUACAAGCGGUGGAGAAGCAGUAAAGAAGGAGAAAUAUGUCAGCAAAGCUCCAAGAAAUGCUAAGAACGACGGUGUGAAAACGGAUAUAUAUGGUGUCAAGAUUAGAGAUAUGGCUAUUAGGGCAUUAUAUGAUGCAUUGGCAAAAGAAAGUGAACAUCCUCCAGUAGCUAUCCUAGAUACAGUAAUGAGUAUUGAGACAGAAAUGGCUAAUCUGUUCAAUCCCGAGUCUGACGAAAAGGGAUAUCGUGACAAAUACAGAAUAAUUUACUCAAAUAUAAUCUCCAAGAACAAUCCAGAUUUGAAACAUAGAAUUACGAAUGGAGAAGUAUCAGCCAAACAUUUAGUGACUGCUGAUCCUAAGGACUUGGCACCGGAACAUUUAAAGAAGAAAAUUGAGGAAAUUGAGAAACAGAAUUUGUUUAAUGCACAAGGUGCAACUGUAGAAAGAUCAGUAACAGAUAGAUUCCAAUGUGGCAAAUGUAAACAAAGAAAAGUAUCAUACUACCAACUACAAACAAGAUCUGCGGAUGAACCUCUUACUACUUUUUGUACAUGUGAGAAUUGCGGUAAUAGAUGGAAGUUCUCGUAG